UAGCAAAUCAAAUCAACUCUAGAAUCGGUUUACUUUCGAAUUGUCAAUUUACGGUUCAAAUAUAUAUAUUAUUCAACGAGCAUUGCACAUGCAUUCGCGGUAAACCAAAAUCUGAGCGAUAUUAUUGAUCGAACGGGACCUUGUGUUUAUCAAAUUAAAAUUUUCAUUUGAAAAAGAUUUUUAUAUUGAAUAACAACUUUCUUCAGACCGCUUCAUCUGUCAUUAUUUGUCAAAACUAGUUUAACCUAACAUUUUUAAACAAAAUUGUAGAUAAUGUAAACAAUGAGAUUUAUUUUACGAACAUUCAGCUCGAGAUGGAGCAGUGCCAGUUACAGCACGAACCCAACUCAACGGCAAACCGAAAUGAUGGCUCGAGGUUUACCGAAACAAAUGCAUUUAGAUGGUGUAAAGGAUAUUGUGGUGGUUGCAUCUGGAAAAGGUGGCGUUGGAAAAAGUACAACGUCAGUAAAUCUGGCAGUAAUGUUGGCUCAAAUGGGGAAACGUGUUGGACUACUUGACGGUGAUGUAUUUGGUCCAUCGAUACCGCUAAUGAUGAACUUGAACGAUACUCCACUUGUCGAUGAAAAUAAUUUAAUGAUUCCUCUACAAAAUUAUGGCGUCAAGUGUAUUUCGAUGGGUUUCUUAAUCGAUCCAAAUAAACCUAUAAUUUGGAGAGGACCAUUGGUAAUGUCAGCAUUGCAACGGCUUUUAAGAGGUGUUUCAUGGAAGCCGCUAGAUAUUUUGAUUAUCGAUACUCCACCUGGGACGGGCGAUAUACACUUAUCAAUUGCACAAAAUGUACCAGUUUCUGGUACAAUACUAGUUAGUACACCGCAAACGGCAGCUUUGAAUGUUACAAAACGCGGAGCCGAAAUGUAUCAAACACUGAAAGUUCCGCUAAUUGGACUGGUUGAGAAUAUGAGUCAUGUAAUCUGUACGAAUUGCAAAGAAAAACUACAAAUAUACCCAAAGAAUACGGCAGAAUUGGCAAACGAUCUUGGUGUCGAUAUUCUGGCUUCAUUGCCAAUGGAUUCACAAGUGUCGCAUUGUGCAGACUCGGGCGUUCCUAUUGUUGUAAAAUCAACAAAUUCUACACAUCAUAAGUGCUAUGAAAAUAUUGCGAACAAAUUACUGGAUUUUCUGGAUAAACACCAAUAAAAUUUUAACAUUCAUUUAUGAACAAAAUUUUGUAUCAAACUUGACAAUGAUAUGAUCAAAUAGAUAUGAUCUGAUAUGAUUUGAUAGAUAUGAUUUGAUAUGAUCAAAUAGAAUACAGAUUUCAGUGAAAUCAUUUCACAAUCAAUAAAACACUUAUUUAAUCAUGUAA